AUGAGCUCCAGUGAUGAAGACGAAAAGUUCUUAUAUGGGUCUGACGAUGAGAAUACGGUGAUGACAGGGGAAAACACCAAGAAGAGAGCUCCAGCGGACGGUGACACCAAUGCUGCAACCACGGGAGAGUCCGCGAAAAGAGCUAAAACCAUGGGGGAGUUUGACAGUACGGCAAGCUCUGGUGCAGUGAUCUCUAAUAGCAGUAGCAGUGAGGAGGCUUCAAGCGAUGAUGAGAACUCGGAUGAAGAGUCCGAUGUUGAAUUUAUUAUUGGGGUUGGGACAGAUAGCUCGAAGUUGGAUUCGAAACAGGCAACUUCUUCCGGUAAUGAUAGUUCUGCAGCAAAAAAUGCUGCCACUACCGUGGUGGCCCCGACCCUUGAGGUGAGCAGUGCGCUGGAUGAAACAGACCCCGCGCUAGGCAAUGGCACCGCUGAAGAGGCAAUUGGUGGUACCCCUCAGGCGCAACCUGGUACCGAAAGGCUCCCUGUGCUAGAUCUGAAUGCACCUGGUAAAUUCGGUGAUAAGCUCGUGACAGAUAUAGAUCCAGAGGUCUUGAAAGAGAAGCCCUGGCGCCAACCGGGUGCCAAUCUAAGUGAUUACUUUAACUAUGGUUUCAACGAGCAAACAUGGACGGAGUAUCUGCAUAAACAAGAAAAGCUUCGGGCUGAGUAUAAUCCGCAUAAGCUACUCAUGGGGCUGUUAGCUUUGCAGCAACAGGGCAAGCUCAAUGACUCUGGCUCUAAUACCAUGGGGCAAGAGAGUGGUCCACCAAACGUGGCACCACCAGGCUUCCCCAUGGGUAUGCCACCCAUGUUCGGGGGAUUCCCGUUCCCCUUCCCUGGCAUGAUGAACAACAUGAACCCGCAACAAAAAAAAUAA